GCUUUCGUCUAUGGCUCUGGAAAGCCCUCCAAACCUGUUUCUGUGCCGCAGCAGCUGUCCAGUGAUUCCAGCUACACUGGAGACACCAUUAAUUUCGACCAGACGGAAGCCGAGCGCUCACUUUCAGCAGCUGUGUUCCCUUUGUGCCCCCAGAGAGUUAACCAAGCUCCGAACAGCGUCAUUCCACGAAACCCGUACGAAUUGCAAUGGAUCCCACCUGCGUAUCGGUUCCUUUUGGACCAUUUUAUGUCUUGCACAACCCUCUCUCUGUCUUGCCAUUCAAUGAUUCAGCGUACAUAUUGCUCUGUUCUUAUCCCUAUGGCCCUUCAGACAUCCCACUUAUUUGUCGCCCUAUUAAGUCUCGCAGCAACGCAUCGAAUAUGCUUGGGUAUGGAUCAGAGCAUCACGCAGCUCGACUGGCUUAAGUUUACAAGUUUGCGGCAGCUUCAGGCCGCUUUGGCGCAGCCGAGAAAAGAAUUGAAUGACGCAGUUAUUGCCACCACUCUAACAUUAUGCACCGCCGAUAUUGUAUCCGACGGUCGGAGUCCAGGCUCGUGGAGAUCACAUUUACAUGGAACGGCGGCGAUAAUAGCCGAGCAUUUGCAAAAUGCCAGGAAUUCCGGGUCCUCGCUGUCAGAGGCUACUCUAUUGCUUUGGCGCUGGUAUCUUUCUAUAGAAACCAUUACUCUAUUGAGUGGGAAUUUGGUUAUCUCUCCGGGAUCGCGAACAGUCCUUCAGCUACGGCGCUUGAUAGGUAAUGAUGAGAUCGACGAUCUCACCGGAUUUUCUACGGCGCUUAUACCCAUCUUCGGUGACAUUAACCUCCUCGCUGUCGAAUCCGGACUGAGCGGAGAGCAGCAAUGUCCGACAGGUACUGACGAUAUUUCGAGCAUUCCCAAUGACAUAAUUCGCGAACGAUGCUUCAGAAUGAUAGAGAACAUCAGCUCCAUGCUUGCCUCUCAUGAGCCACGAUUUCGCCCAACGAUCGACGCCUCACUUUCCAGUCUCCACCGAAUUGACUUUGCAGCUGUCGAUGAAACUUACCAUCACGUCGCUCUCCUUCAUCUCUACAGGCGCGUCCUAAAUCUCCCUUCUUCGAGCACUUUAGUGCAGAAGUCUGUGCAGCAGAUCAUCCAUCGAGUAUCAGCCAUACACUUCCUACACGAGCCGUGUCCGGGCGUGGCUGUUCUACAACCACUGUUUGCUGCGGGAUGCGAGGCGUGUGAUGCCGCGGACCGUGAUGACGUCCGAACCCUUCUCUCCAGAAUUGAGUCUCAGUACGGAAUGGGAAAUGUUAGGAGCGCAAGAGCGUUUUUAGAAGAUCUGUGGAUCAUGAGAGAUGAGAGCGGAGACUUUGAGGGAAGAAUGAGGUGGGAUAAGGUCAUGGGUAUGUGUGAUCAUAUCUUUCCCUUCGUAGACAUGCGGCUAAGCUGA